AUGCACCUCAGCUGCAUGCGUGCCUUUCAAGCUGCGUGCCACUGGGAACAAGCCCUUGUCCUGUUGAAGGAGGAGGUUUCUCGAGAUGAUGCAGCGAGCUUUGAGGAAGGCAUCUUUGCAUGUUCCGGAGGGGGCAAGUGGCAGUUGGCAACUGAAGUGCUCAAUGAAAUGCAGGCGCGACAGCUUCCCGUGAAGGGGGUGACGUAUGCAACUCUCAUUUCGGCCUGUGUCCGGGCCAAACAGUGGCGCUAUGCCCUGUGGUUCUUGCACGAAAUGGAGCGCACGGGUGCCGACAAAUCGGAGAAGAAUAAGGUAAUCCUCUAUGGUGGCGUAAUCACGACUUUCAAUUGGCAGCGUGCCUUAUGGCUUCUUCGCGAAAUGCCAGCCCGGGAGGUGCUGCCAAACGUGGUCGCUUAUGGUGCGGUGGCUUCAGUGUGCAAUCGAGCGAGGAAGUACCUGUACUCACUGCAGUUGCAUGAAGAGAUGCAAGAGAAGGACCAGGGUGCAUGGGACUAG